UUCAAAAAAGACGACGUCAUUUCUGUGCGACUUCACUUCACCGUUGCUAUGGUUACUCAGCGUUUGCUUAUGUGCUGCUGAUAAUUUCAGCCAUGGGCUCCAAAAUUAUUUUAGAAAUCGUUGGCCUGAUUAAAGAUCCAUCUUUCCAUGUUGCCAAACAUUUAGCCGAGGGACUCAGGGACCGCUUUCCUGAUGAAUUUUUGGAUCCAAAACUUGUGCCACUUCUUGAAUUUGACUGGCACACAUAUCUAUGCAACAAGAAGCAGGAGCUGCGGGGUGAAAUGUGGCAGUACUCCAGCAACAUGAUAUGCUUCCUUAACGGCAUUCUCCUCGGUAAUGAGAAGCAACUCGCCAUCUGGGCUGAGAAUCAGUGGAAUUUCUCUAUCAGUCAUCCAGAGGAUUUCUAUAUGGCUUUAACUGAAGAGCACUACACCAAACACCUCCAGAAGACUGGACAUAGGUUUGUUUUCAUGGACGUCCAGAUAGCAGAUGAAGCAGUUGGGCGGUUAUAUUUUGAGCUGUUCUCAGAUGUGUGUCCAAAGACAUCAAAGAACUUUGAGGCCCUGUGUACAGGAGAGCAUGGAUUAUCACAGAGUGACUUCCCACUCCACUACAAGGACUCUCAGUUUCAUCGCAUUGUGCCUUACGGCUGGGUGCAAGGUGGAGAUAUUUCUCCUGGGAGUAAAGGUAAUGGGGGCGAGUCAAUCUAUGGAGCCACUUUUGAAGAUGAAAGUUUUGCUGUUUCCCACUCUAAGAGAGGCAUUUUGGGAAUGGCCAACAAAGGUCCCCACAGCAAUGGAUCCCAGUUCUACAUCACCUUGCAACCGACGUCCUGGAUGGACAAAACCUAUGUAGCCUUUGGUCAAGUUGUCGAAGGUGUAAACGUCCUGAAGAGACUAGAAGAGGCUCCAACUUGCAAUGAGAGACCCAAAUAUGAGUGUAAAGUGGCAGCUUGUGGAGUGCUACCACUGUAACUCCAGAAGCUUUUCUCUGGUGUUUCUGGUGCUGC